UGUUAUUCAAGUUCGCUUUCAUCUCUCGCUAAACAUUCAAGAUCUCAGAUUUGAGGUUAUUAUGGCCGAAGAAAUCUCUCAUGUUGUUGAGUUUUAUGGAAUUAAUGUCCAUACCAACAAUGAUUCGGACAUGUAUGUAACCCUACCAGGUUAUCGCGUAACGGGGUCAUCUUUUACAAGAAUGAUUUAUCGUCCGAUAGAUGGUAUGGAUGUAUUAUUGAGCCAGUUGAGAGAUCAGGAAGAGAUGUAUGUGACACAUCGUCAUGCACAGGCCAGGACAAACCGAGAGUCUUUUCGUCAGUCAAUUGCCGAGUACCCGCCGGCUGCAAGAAUCGUACCCCAUCCGUUCGAUGCUUUGGCCUGGAAUUGGAAUGAUACGGCAACUGCUCUUUCCGAUUAUGUUGACGAUUCACACUUCAACAACUUAACCCCUUUCGUUGUUGAAGGCGAUGAAGCUUUUGGCACAGUGUGCCUUUAUAGGCAGGCUAAUGGGUGGCGCAGUGGAUCUUGGCUCCAGAAUCCAGCUGAAACGCUUGUUUUCAGGGCAUGUUGUAUUUGCUUAGACGAUAUCACAGACACUCCGGUGAGUGGUCUUCUUGGGUUACAAUGCUGUCAACAUGUCUUCCAUAGAGCAUGCAUUCUUAACUGGGUCUGGAAACACCUCGAUCUACCUUCUUGUCCCGCCUGUACCCGUCUGAUCUAAAAAAAAGUUCCUUUUUUUAUUUAGCAUGAAUGUUUUGUGAUUUAUGGUUUGUUAGAACUUUAUUUGGUUAUUUAUGUUUGAGUUAUCUGUGUUGUGUUGUGAUGCUGUUGCUUGUUUGGUUAAG